AUGGCUGCGUCCAUUGCGAGUAUCUGCCGUUACGCAUCGCGGCGUGGCUGUUGUAGUCUUCUUGGGCGAGUAAAUAUUUGCCUCACACUCAAGUCUAAAUUUCAUUGUUCUUCUUCUGCACACAGCGGGCUGCUUCUCUCUCUGCAUAAACGUGGCAUUUUAAAAGACUCAUUCCCAGAAAACGCAGCGCAGGACCAGCUCGCUCGGCUGCUCCAGUCCGGUGCUCAGACUGUAUACUGCGGGUUUGACCCCACAGCCGACAGUCUCCACGUGGGUAAUUUGCUCGCUGUCAUCGGCCUGCUGCACUUCCGAAGCGUCGGACACCAUGUCAUCGCUGUGCUCGGAGGAGCCACGGCACAAAUCGGAGAUCCGAGCGGGAAGUCGAGCGAGCGGGAGCGUCUUUCCGCGGACGUCGCCGAGGCGAACACCCACAGCAUCCGGGAGAGUGUUCACAGGAUCUUCACUAACCACGAGCUGCACUUUCACGACAGCUCCAGGCCGCUGGGAACCGUGACUGUUCUGAAUAACCUAAGCUGGUAUAAGAACCGGGACGUGGUGGGGUUUCUGUCGGAGGCUGGAAGACACUUUAGGAUGGGCACCAUGCUCAGCCGCCACAGCGUGCAGUCCAGGCUGAAGAGCGCAGAGGGUAUGAGCCUGACAGAGUUCACCUACCAGGUGUUCCAAGCUUAUGACUUCUACCACCUGAACCAAGUAUACGGCUGCAAGAUUCAGCUUGGAGGCACCGACCAGCUGGGAAAUUUGAUGUCUGGCCAUGAGUAUAUUCACAAAGUGAGUGGCGAGGAGGUGUACGGCCUGACCAUCCCGUUAGUUACCAGCACUGUCGGGGACAAGCUGGGGAAAACGGCAGGCAAUGCAGUGUGGCUCAACAGAGACAAGACAUCACCCUUUGAACUCUACCAGUUCUUCCUCAGGCAGCCUGAUGCCAGCGUGGAAGGGUACCUCAAGUUGUUCACCUUUCUCCCUCUGGCAGAGGUAGAGAAGCUAAUGGAGCAACAGAGAGAAGAUCCGAGUAAACGCCUCGCGCAUAAAAGACUCGCUGCUGAAGUGACAAAACUGGUGCAUGGAAAGGAGGGCCUUGAGAGUGCAAAGAGAUGUACCAAUGCCCUUUAUAACAGCAGUGUGCAAGCCUUGGAGGAAAUGAGUGAUGAGGAACUUAAGGAACUCUUCAGGGAGGCUCCCUUCCAUGAGCUACUGCUGGAGCCAGGGACAACCGUGAUAGACGCCUCCCGCAAGGUCAGCGCCAUCCCCGAGGGACCCAGAGGAUACCAGAUGGUUUCAGACGGGGCAGUGUGGAUCAACCACAAGCGUACAGACAACCCAGAGCAGGUACUGAUCCCCAAACUCCACAUCCUGUCUAAUGGACUCACGCUGCUCAGAGUGGGAAAGAGAAACUUCUACAUUAUCAAGUGGCUUAGUCUCUGACGGCACCUUGUCAAGCAGGGGACCACUAUGUUGUUAUGGACUGAAAGGGAAGGUAGGCGACUACAACUCAGCAGGGACAGGAAGGAGCCUAAAUUCUUAGUGAUUUUUUUUUUUUUUCCUUUUUGUUUUCAUAUAAAUAUGUAUAUGUACAGAUGAAAUGUUUAUUUA